AGUGAGAUGUCAAUUUAGGUAUUAAGCAGUCUUUGUUAUGAUAGAAUAGUUGCUUAGUCACUUGAACUGCUUACUGUGCAAGAAUGCUGCUAGAGAUGGUUGCCUUUUCUUUUUUUUACUUCAUAGUUUGCAUCUUCAACUAAAUCAUUGAUAAUAACACUACCGAGCCCUAGUUGGAUUGCUACACUGCUUCUUUCUCAGAAGCUUUUAUCAAAUGACUCCUAUAAUAGCCUUACAUUCCAGUACACUGGGCUUCUCAAUUGAAAAUCUACUGAAAGCAACGCCGGCAAGAACUCAAAUUUUAACUUUGGUAUAACUCAUGCAACAUUUUCAACUUUCUACAUAACUUAUGUAGCAUUUACUUGUUCUGGAAAAUAUGAAGUUCAUGAAAAGCUACUUAAAAUCUGUAAAAUAUUAUGCAUAAUAUUAAAAAUAUUCCUUGCCCUGUUUAGAGCAAUAUAUUUGAUCCCUGCCAUUUCUUCUUCGACUCAAACCUCCCUGAUUAAUUUGUGAAGCUCUCAUAAUGGCAUUGAACUACGUACUUUGUGAAGAACAUUUAUUUCCUAUGCAGGUGGCUAAGAGUGUAAAGAUUGUGAUGGCGUCUCGAUUAGCAUCAAUUGCUAUUACGCUAGAUAUGGAGACAAUUCAGGUGUCACAGCUGUGUAUUGAUGCUUAUACUGUCAAGCAAUCGAUUUUGCAGACCCCAAAAAUAAAAUUGAAAGAACAGCAAGUAAAAGUUUUGAACCCCAGGAAGCUGGAAGUUUUUCCUCAGGCUAAUAAAGAUAAACUGCAUUUUGAACUUCACCGGUUGAAAAAUAAGCUUCCUGCUGUUGUUGUGAAGGGUAUUACUACGGUUCAAAGGGCUGUGGUGAACAAAGAACAAGAAAGAGAUCGUAAGAGUGAUGUCAAAGGAGAAACAUAUGAGUUGCUUGUUGAAGGUACCGGUCUCCUAGCCGUAAUGGGCAUUGACGGAGUUGAUGGGCGUAAUACAAAGAGUAAUCAUAUAAUGGAGGUGCAACAAAGAUUAGGCAUUGAAGCAGCAAGGAUCUCUAUAAUUGAUGAGAUUAACUAUACCAUGUCAAGUCAUGGAAUGACAAUAGACUUGCGGCACAUGAUGCUUCUAGCAGAUCUGAUGACAUAUAAGGGUGAAGUUCUGGGAAUAAACCAAGUGACAUGGCGUUCAGAAAAUGAAAGAUAG